AUGACAAGCUCGAUCCCGCAGUCGCCGACAGACGACGAAAACAAGUCGUUUGACCUCAACCUGCAGCACGGCCACAGAGACCUGGUGCAGGCGAUUGCGUUCAACGCUUACGGCGACCGGUGCGCGACGGGGUCUGUGGAUGGCAAGAUUCGGGUGUUUAACCGGCAUCGGGAUGGGACGUGGAGGUUGUGCGAUACAUGGAGCGCGCAUGGAGGCGAGGUUGUCGAGCUACAAUGGCUUCCAUCUACGAUAUAUCCCAACCUCGUCGCCUCUCUCGGCAUAGAGGGCUGGUUCCGUCUCUGGGCUGAGAACCCUUCAGCCGCUCCAGGGCGCCGCUUCUGCGCCGCGCGGUCGGUCAAUGGCCGUCCCGCCUUCGACACGCGGUCGACGCGGGCGCCGUACCGGUCCUUCUCCAUGAAGCACAACGAGGAGACGCGGCAGACGUACCUGGCGCUGCUGGCGACGGACGGGCGGCUGACCGUGUACGAAAACGACCAGCCCGAGAACCUGGCCGAGUACACGUCGAUUGACGAGUUCAGCAUCUGCCCGCGGCCCGGGCGCGGCGACGAGGUGGCCUUCAAGGUGCGCUUCGACCCGAACCCGGAGCCGUGCUACGCGGCGCUCAGGGCGGGCGUGCAGUCGGACUCGCUGGGCUUGGUGGUGGCGGGCAUGACAUCGGUGAAAGUGUACCGCACGCGGGAGAUUGCGUCGUCGAACUUUGGCGCCAACACGCUGCAGAAGGAGUUUUACUUGGCGGUCGAGAUUGAGGGACAUAGGGGACUCGUCAGGGACGUGGCGUGGGCGCCGGGCAACAUCAGGGGCUACGACAUGAUCGCAACAGCCUGCCAGGACGGCUACGCGCGCGUCUUCCGCAUCGACACUCCUUACUCCGACAACGACGGCAAGUCGUGGUCCACAGCCCACCUCCUCAAGCCCGACAGCCGCGCGCCCAAGGACACAUCAUUAUCGUCAAAGGACGAAAACAACAACACGCCCGGCCCCAGCACAAACAACCACAACUUCCAGCACCACCACCAGCCGUCCUCCACGCUCAGCGCCAGCCUCGCCAAGUCGAGCGCCGUCCACGAGCGCGCCUGGACCGGCCAGCCCGGCCAGAUCAAGCACGUCGCGCGCGAGGUCUCCCGGCUCGACAGCCACCGCACGCCCGUGUGGCGCGUGGGCUUCGACGACGACGGCCAGAUAUUGGGCAGCACGGGCGACGACGGGCGGCUGCUGUGCUAUCGGCAGACGCCGGACGGGCAGUGGGCCAAGAGCUCGGAGCUGGUCAUGAUGAAGACGAGGAUGGCGACGCCUUGA